AUGGCGAACCCACUCACCUCGCAGUUGAUACUGCAACAAAUGGCGGAGGCGCUGCCUUCCCACCCCAAGGGCGACACCACCUCCGACAUUAGUAGUGGCUAUGAGCUUCCCGCCCUGCUUACCCAUGCCUGUAUGGCGUCCCUCAAGUUCCGUCUCUUGGGCUUUGACGAAGAAAAGCGGAUAGGUGUGUUUCUCGUCUCUGUCGACCGUGCCCCAAAACUUCAGCUAACGCCCACCUCAGAAGAAGAAGUCCAAAGCCUCGCCCCGCGUCUACCAGCAUCAUGGAACGCCGGGUAUGGUUCUCUCCGCUUUGUCUACGCUCACAAGCAGUCCUCCAUGACCUCCAUCAUUCGGAUCAGUAAGGUCGGCGGUAAAGUCGAAAUUAGUGGGCUUGCCGUCGGCCACGAUGUAAUCCACAGAUUCGAAAUCACGACAAAGGAUGUUAUCAACAACUCCAAGCUACCUUUGCGCAUCACACUCACCGAAGACGGCUCCGAGGACAGGGGUGACCUGGUUGUGAAGCUGAAGGAGGCUUUCGUCUCAGAGUCUGCCAUCACUAAACUGAUCGACCAAUUCAAGACCGAAAUUGUCCAAAAGCUCAUUCCGAAGUUGCAAGUUGAAGGUUACGAAGAGUCUCCCGAUGACAGGGACGCGGCGGAGAACGCACAGAGAGAAGGCCGCGCUCAAGCUGGUCGUCCCGGACGGCCAUUGCCUGGUGACCUGCCUGAUCCUGCGCGCCCAUACCCGGUCAAUGAUCCUCUCGCACAGCCUCCCAGGCGGCCCAUUCCUGCGGGAGACUUCCCGCCGCCUGGAUUCGAGGAUGAGUACGAGAUCAACAGACCCCCUCGCCCCCUCGGCCUUCCCGGUCGAUCACCCCACAACAUUGGUCAUGAUGACCUCAACCCUCCCGGUCUGGGUCCCAACGACCCCUUGAGGGCAUCUUUUAUCGGCGGCGGUGGUCUUCCCCGACCCGGAGGUGGUGGCGGGAUGCACCCCACCUUCGAUGAUCCCCUCUUCGGAGGCCCAGGUGCACAAGGAGGCGGCGGCUACGAUCCUCAGGCGCCACCAGGAGCUAGGUGGGAUCCCCUUGGCCCGGGCGGCAUGCCCAGACACGGCGGUGGACGUGGAAACCCCUUUGGAGGCUCUGGAGGCUUUGGAGGAGGAUUUGGUGGGGGAUUUGGCGGAGACAUCAUCUAG